CCACUUCUCUCUAUAAACUUUAAGUUACCUUAAUUAGAGGGCAGGGAUAUAAUUUGAACUUAUUCAGAAUGCUUGAGCUUCUAGAAUAUUACCUAUAAAAUUGAAGCUGAAAAUAGAAAGGAGCAGGUAGUGGUCACUAAAUCUGGAAUGACUUGUAACUGGGUCAAUUUCUACGAGUUGAGUAGGUGAACAACAUGUCUGUGCUAAAUAAGUUGUUCGUAUUUUCAUUAACCGGCAGUCAAAAUUUCCUUCUUGUUAAAAAGUGCUUACUUCCAAAUAGAAUUGCUCCAUGGUCUCACCUAUGUACUGGAAGCAGGUGGUUCUUGACUUGGACGAAACUCUAGUAUGUGCAUAUGAGACAUUGAGUUUGCCUGCUAUGCUACGUGCUCAAGCAACAGAAGCUGGAUUAAAAUGGUUCGAACUGGAAUGUAUCUCCUCAGACAAGGAUGUUGAAGGCAAACCUAAGAUCAACCAUGUGACAGUGUUUGAACGUCCUGGACUGAAAGAAUUUUUGAAACAACUCAGUGAAUUUGCAGAACUCGUCUUAUUUACUGCUGGACUUGAAGGAUAUGCUAGACCACUUGUUGACAGAAUAGAUGUUGAAAAUUUAUUCAGCCGGAGACUUUAUCGGCCUUCUACAAUUAGUACUGAAUAUCGUGAACAUGUGAAAAACCUGUUGUGCAUAUCAAAGGAUCUAUGCCGAGUUGUUAUUGUCGAUAACAACCCAUUCAGCUUCUUGCUGCAACCAUUGAAUGGAAUUCCAUGCAUUCCGUUUUCUGCUGGACAACCACGCGAUGAACAGCUUUUGGAAGUCAUCCUUCCACUUCUCAAGCAUCUUUCUCAGCAAAAGGAUGUAAGACCAAUUCUGUAUGAAAGAUUCCACAUGCCGGAAUGGUUUCAAAAGCACGGAAUCCCUGCUUUGAGAUGAACAACCAUAGGAUAAAUUGUUAAAAAGUGUGUUUUUCUUUUCUUUUUUUUUCUUUUUCUUUUUU